AUGCCUCGGCAACUACCACUAACGCCGCCUGAGUUCGUACCCAGCUACCACUCGGGUUGCGGUGGAAUGCCCUAUCAACAACCUGCCUACGGCGGUCAGCCGGGCAUUCGGUCGCAUGAUGAUGGCUACGAUUUUGCAGACCGCUACAACCAGCUGUCCAUUGCGAUGCCUCCUAUGUACCCACAAGCAGGCACCUACCUGAGCAACGCUCCGCAGAGUCUGCCACCACCCAGUUCGUUCUACGAACCCAACGGCGCUACUAUUCUUCCGCCGAUGCGACACUCCAUGGGAGAUGCCGCUAUUCAGCAACACCGCGUGCAAGAGCUCAUCCAGCGCCCUGCCCAGCAACCGAAAGAGGAAAAGCCCGUGGGAGGUGUGUCCGCGAAGCUAGACUACGACAUGGAAGUCAUGACGGAUUUCGUGUGCGAAAUGGCUCUGGAGGUUAUCACCCCUGGCCGCAUGAUGCCACCAUCCUUCAGGAAAUGGGUCCACCAGGUACUCUGCGCAACGAGGCUGCCAUCUGCAACGAUCAUAUUGAGCAUGUUCUACCUCUCUUCGAGGAUGCCUAUGCUGGCUGGUCUCCCUAAGAACGACAACCAUCUGUUCCGCCUCCUUACCAUUGCCCUUGUACUGGGGAGCAAGUUUCUGGAUGACAAUACCUUCAUCAACCGCUCCUGGUCGGAGGUCAGCGGCAUCCCCGUCGCCGAUCUCAAUCAGUUGGAGAUGGAGUGGCUCGUGGCUAUCGAAUUUAAGCUGCACCGCGAUCCCGCGGAGCACCAAGGCUGGAACACUUGGUCCAACCAUUGGAAAACCUAUGAAGAACGUGCUGCUGAGCGAGCCGGCUGCCCCAACAAACUCAGCCCCAUCGACACUUCGGUGCAGCGACAACGCUCGGUCAAUAAGCCACUCCCACCGCUACCGAUGCAGCAAGCCUACAACCCACCGUAUGAGUAUACGCCUAAGUCCGCGCAGCCCUCGUUCAACAACGGCGCCAGCUACUCGCAGUACGACCCUUGGCGAGCGGCCAAUGAGCACUCUCCUGCUUCUGCUCCUACCACUGGUCCCACUACCCCAGAGUAUUACGGCAGCGCGGGACCUUGGGCCCCGGAAGGGUACUCACGUCGCACCAUGUUUGGGUUUCCACCCCUGUCUCAGACAGCUCCGAGCCAGGCCCAGCAGCCAUCCAAUUAUGGCCCGCCUGCAUACACGACGCAAUACCAACCUCCUACCUGGAACGCUCACGGCGUUAAUUGUGGUUGCAUGUACUGCGCGCAAAGGCACCCGUCCUACUUUAUGGCGCCCGGCUUCGGUCCCCAGGCUGUUGCUGUUUAG